AUGGAGUAUGGCGUUUAUGUUCAACAUACUUCUGAAGGCAAUAUGAUUCUAGUCUGUCUCUAUAUUGAUGACUUGUUAUUGAUAGGAAGUUGUUCAGAUGAGAUAAUGAGGUUCAAGAAGGUGUUGAUGAAUGAGUUUGAGAUGACUGGUCUGGGAAUUAUGGUAUAUUUUCUAGGGAUGGAGAUUUUAUACUCUGAGAAGGGUAUCAUUUUGCAUCAGCUGAAGUAUAAACUUGAACUUCUGAAGAGAUUUGAGUUGCUAAAUUGUACGGAUGUGGUCACCCCUUCAGAAACAUAUCACAAAUUGGAUUCUGAUCCUGAAGAUGAUGAUGUAGAUGCUACAACUUUCAAGCUAUUGUUUGGCUCUUUGAGAUAUUUGUGUAAUACCAGACCUUAUAUUUAUUAUGCAUUUGGAAUGGUUAGUAGGUUCAUGAGUAAACCGAAGUGGUCUCAUUACCAAGCUGUUGUCAAGAUUCUGAGGUAUAUUAAGAGGGAUCUGGAGUAUGGAGUCUUGUUCCAUUAUGGUGAAAAAGCUAAUUCAGAACUGAUGUGUUACUCAGACUCUGAUUGGUAUGGAGACAAAGUUGACUGA